CCCGCUAUGGCCGCCCCCAGCACCGCGCUCCUCUUCCUCCUGUUGGCGGCCGCUGCCGCGUCGGCGGCGGCGCAGCAGCUGGCGUGGUGGCAGUCCGGCGUCGUCUACCAGAUCUAUCCCAAGUCCUUCAAGGACAGCGACGGCGACGGAGUCGGCGACCUCAACGGUAUCAUCGAGAAGCUCGAAUACCUCAAGGACCUCGGCGUGGCAGCGAUAUGGCUGUCCCCUAUCUACAAAUCGCCCAUGGCGGACAACGGCUACGACAUCGCAGAUUUCAGAGAGAUAGACCCAAUGUUCGGCACUAUGGAAGACUUUGACAGAUUACUGGAUGAGGCUCACAGCAGAGGUAUCAAAGUGAUUCUAGACUUCGUUCCGAACCACACCAGUGACGAGCACGAGUGGUUCGUAGCUUCGAGCAAUCCAACACACGAGAACCACGAAAUCUACAAAGACUAUUACGUGUGGCUUGAUGGCAAGGACAACGGAUCGGUGCCAAAUAACUGGAAAAAUAUGUUCGACGAAGGAAGCGCUUGGAAAUGGAGCCCGACGAGAAAUAUGUACUACUUGCACCAGUUCCACGAGAAGCAGCCAGACCUGGACUACAGGAACCCAAAUGUCCUCAGCGCCAUGCAGGGGGAGAUGAAGUUCUGGCUGGACAAGGGGGUGGACGGUUUCCGCAUGGACGCUGUGAUGUGUCUGGUGGAGGCUGAGGGUUUCCCUGACGCUGUGGAGGGCCAACCUACACCCAUGCAGCACCAGGACGAGACGUACGUCGUCAUACAAGAAUUCAGGAAACUCAUGGACAAUUACACAAACACGGUGAUGAUGACUGAGGCGUACGGCACUGUGGAGCAGGUUGUGGGUUACUAUGGCAACGCCACAAAUCCUGGCGCGCACUUCUCCUUCAACUUCUUGCUCAUCACCGACCUCAACAGCACAUCCACCGCAGAAGAAUUCGUCAACGUCAUCGGAAACUGGAUCGACGUGAUCAACACACGGGAACUCUGGUCCAACUGGGUGAUCGGCAACCACGACCAGCACCGUGUGGCCAGCCGGUACAGCCCAGAGAUCGUGGACGGCAUGAACAUGCUGGUGACGCUGCUGCCGGGAACCGCCGUCACCUACAACGGGGAAGAGAUCGGCAUGGAGGACAACUACAACAUGACGUGCGAGGUGGCCCACGACCCUCAAGGCUGCCACGAUAACGUCACUCUCGGGAACUCCAGAGACCCAGAGAGGACGCCCUUCCAGUGGGAUAACACUGCAAACGCUGGCUUCAGCAACACCACUGACGCGACUUGGCUGCCCGUCAACGAGAACUACGAGACUCUGAACGCCGCGGCCCAGGAGGCGGACGACCGCAGCCACCUCAAGACGUACCGCCAGCUGGUGCAGCUGCGCGCCGACCCAGCCGUCCAGACCGGCGACACAAAGGUCAACAGCUCGGGCAACGUGCUUGCCUUCUACAGGUCAGUGAACGAAAUGGCGUCUGUAGUUGUGCUGGUGAACGUGGGAACUGAGGAAGAAACCGUGGACUUGGUAGACACGCUGCGUAUCGUUACCGAGGAAGACGUGCUGGAAGUGUACGCCAGAAGCCUUGAGUCCCAAAAGGAAGAAGGGGAGGUGCUGGAGACGAGGGAAGUGACGCUGUCGGGGCGGGAGGCGGUGGUGCUGCGGCGCAAGCAAGAGCAGAGUGCCGCCGCCUCCAGACCGCUCUCUGCAGCGGCGGUGCUGCUCACAAUCGCGGCUCUGCUGUGGGCUGGGUUUUGUAUCACUGGCCCACGUCAACAAGUCGCCAUUCGCCGCUUUGUUGCGAGAUACCGAGCAAGGAUAGCAACCGUGCCUGUCCUAACUGAACGACACGCUAUGAGGAUGUCGCAUCUCUCUCUGGUCGCAGUUCUGCUGGCCGUUACCAGUCCAGUAUUGUGUCUCGAGUGGUGGAAAACAGCAAUAAUCUACCAGAUAUACCCCAAGUCUUUCAAAGAUUCUGAUGGCGAUGGCGUCGGCGACCUUCGUGGUAUAAUCGAGAAACUGGACUACCUGAGAGAUCUUGGAGUGUCAGCGAUAUGGAUGUCUCCUAUCUUCAGGUCGCCGAUGGCUGACAAUGGCUACGACAUUUCAGAUUUCAGGGACAUCGAUCCUACUUUUGGAACCAUGGCUGACUUCGACGAACUUCUGGCAACAGCACACAACAAAAGCAUCAGAGUAAUACUCGACUUCGUGCCCAACCACAGCAGCGAUGAACACGAAUGGUUCAUUGCUUCCAGUGACCCUACGCACGAAAACUACACCAAGUAUAAGGACUACUACGUAUGGCUGAAUGGGACUUACGGUACGCCGCCAAACAACUGGCCUGGUGGCUUCAACGAGCCCUCUGCCUGGGAGUGGAUCGAGGCCCGCCAGCAGUAUUACCUGCACCAGUUCCUCCACAAACAGCCCGACCUCAACUACAGGAACCCUGUCGUUCUGGAAGAGAUGAAGAAUGUUUUGAGGUUCUGGUUGGAUAAAGGAGUUGAUGGUUUUCGUAUGGACGCCGUUAGCUGCAUUGUGGAAGCAGAAGGCUUCCCAGAUAUUGUAGACGGCCAACCUAACCCCAUGCAGCAUCAACCGGAAACAUACGCAGUAAUCGAGGAAUUCCGCACCGUGUUGGACGAAUACCAAGAAAAGGUGAUGAUGACGGAGGCGUACGGAUCUCUGGACCAGGUGCUGGGUUACUACGGCAACGCCACCAACCCUGGCGCGCAUUUCUCCUUCAACUUCCUGCUCAUCACCGACCUCAACGGUGACUCCAGCGCAGAGGACUUCGUCCGCAUCGUCGGCGACUGGAUCAACGUCGUCAAUGAAAACGGAGUUUGGUCCAACUGGGUGAUCGGCAACCACGACCAGCACCGCGUGGCCAGCCGGUACAGCCCAGAGAUGGUGGAUGGGAUGAACAUGUUGGUGACGUUGCUGCCGGGAACCGCCGUCACCUACAAUGGAGAGGAAAUCGGUAUGGAGGACAACUACAACAUGACGUGCGAGGUGGCUCAGGACCCGCAAGGGUGCGCAGAUAACGUCACGCUGGGAAGUUCCAGGGACCCACAGAGGACGCCGUUCCAGUGGGACGACUCCAAGAAUGCAGGCUUCAGCACGGCGGACGUGACGUGGCUGCCUGUGAACCCCAACUACCCGACACUGAACGCCGCACUCCAGGACUCGGUGGACGGCCGCAGCCACAUCAAGACGUACCGCCUGCUGGCCCAGCUGCGGCUGGACGAGUCCCUCCAUAACAGCAAUGCCACCGUCACCAGCUCGGGAAGCGUCUUCCUCUUCAGCAGGGGGCAGACGCAGAACGACGCUACAGUUGUGGCGAUGAACGUGGGGUCUGAGGAAGCGACGGUGGACAUCAUUGCCUCUCUACCUGGCGUCGACCUACCUACAACUCUCGUGGUGUACGCGUCCAGUGUCAACAGCGAAUUGGAUGAAGGUCGUCACUCGCUGCGAGAUACGGAGAAAACCAGCAACCGUACCUGUGCUAACUUCGUGGCGCAAACACACACAUACACAAUGAGGAUGUCGCAUCUCUCUCUGGUCGUAGUUCUGCUCGCUGUCGCCAGCCCAGCGCUGUGUCUCGAGUGGUGGAAAACCGCAAUAAUCUACCAGAUAUACCCCAAGUCUUUCAAGGAUUCUGAUGGCGAUGGCGUCGGCGACCUUCGUGGUAUAAUCGAGAAACUGGACUACCUGAAUGAUCUUGGAGUGUCGGCGAUAUGGAUAUCUCCUAUCUUCAGGUCGCCGAUGGCUGACAACGGCUACGACGUCUCGGAUUACCGGGACAUCGAUCCAAUUUUCGGAACUAUGGAUGACUUCGACGAACUUCUGGAAACAGCGCACAGUAAAGGCAUCAGAGUACUCCUCGACUACGUGCCCAACCAUACUAGCGAUGAGCACGAAUGGUUUAUCGCUUCCAGCGACCCUACGCACGAAAAUUACACGAGGUAUAAGGACUACUACGUAUGGGUGGACGAGACUGAAGAUUCGCUGCCAAAUAACUGGCCCGGUGGUUUCAACGAGCCUUCUGCAUGGCAGUGGAAAGAGGCCCGCCAGCAAUACUACCUGCACCAAUUUCACUACAAGCAACCCGACCUCAACUACAGGAACCCUGUCGUUUUGGAGGAGAUGAAGAAUGUUUUGAGGUUCUGGUUGGACAAAGGAGUGGAUGGCUUUCGUAUGGAUGCCGUUAUCUGCCUUGUGGAAGCGGAAGGUUUCCCAAAUAUUACAAACGGCGAACCUAACCCCAUGGUGCAUCAACCGGAAACAUACGCAGUGGUCGAGGAAUUUCGCACAGUGCUGGACGAGUACGAAGAAAAGGUGAUGGUGACGGAGGCGGGAGGAACUCUGGAUCAGGUACUGGGUUACUAUGGCAACGCCAGCAACCCCGGUGCGCACUUAUCCUUCAACUUCCUGCUCAUCACCGACCUCAACGGUCGCUCCACGGCAGAGGAGUUUGUCCGCGUCGUCAGUGAAUGGAACGAUAUUGUCAAUGAACGUGGUAUCUGGUCCAACUGGGUGCUUGGCAACCACGACCAGCACCGCGUGGCCAACCGCUACAGCCCAGAGCUGGUGGACGGCAUGAACAUGCUGGUGACGCUGCUACCUGGAACCGCCGUCACCUACAACGGAGAAGAGAUCGGCAUGGAGGACAACUACAACAUGACGUGCGAGGUGGCUCAGGACCCACAGGGCUGCGCAGAUAACGUCACACUGGGAAAUUCCAGGGACCCGGAGAGGACGCCAUUCCAGUGGGACGCCUCUAAGAACGCAGGCUUCAGCACGGCGGACGAGACGUGGCUGCCCGUCAACCCCAACUACCUGACCCUGAACGCGGCGCAGCAGGAAUCCACGGCUGGCCGCAGCCACCUCAAGACGUACCGCCUGCUGGCGCAGCUACGGCAGGACGACGAGUCCAUCCACAACAGAAAUGUCUCCGUCGCCAGCGCCGGCAGCGUCUUCCUUUUCAGCAGGUCACAGAACGGUACUGCCACAACAGUCGUGGCGCUGAACGUAGGGUCUGAGGAGGAGACUGUGGACGUCAUUGAGUCAAUGCCGGACGUCGACCUUCCUAUAACUCUCAGGGUGUACGCGUCCAGCGUCAACAGCGAACUGGAUGAAGGGCGGCUGGUGAACGCACGCGCACUGCGACUGCCCGGCCAGCAGGCGGUGGUGCUGAGGCCUGCGUUUGAAAGGACUGGCUGAGCUGCGACACCUCGGCGACGCUGCUUUAGUUAGAGAGGAAAAGUAUUACCAUGUGUAAUAAUGAACUAGGAGAAGAAACUGUGGAAGUGGAAUAUCUGUCAGCAAAAUAAAUCACUCUGUUCA